AUGGCAAAUAAAAGGGAAAUUGACACAAUUCUCGAAAACUUCGAGGAUGAAUAUACCCAUGAUUUGGCCAUACAUUUAUACUCUACGCAUUUGCUCCAUCAAGUAGACCCCAUCUUCCCUCGAGAGAAUUGGUCUAGCUGGCCCCAGUCGUUCGAUACAGUUCCAGAUCCCAAAACUGUCACAACAUACAUGCACGACAAUCCGUUCAACGUUGAAAAUGACGAAUCAGAUCAAGAGUCUACCAGGACUAAACUGUUCCAUGGUGUUAAAGUACAGGAACGAAUCACCUCGUCAGAGAGUGACUUGAAGCUCGAGCUCAAGGCGCUAAUUGAGAGGAAAAUAUACUCAAAGGUGCACCAGCAAUUGAAGAAGAAUACAGGGAAACCAGCUGCCAAGAAUUUGGUUCCCGUAGUUGAGAUUAAAGACUAUCUUAUCCGAUCCAUGGUGGACAAGCUCACGGGCCAAGUCGAUGACAUACUAGACGCUUUGAUAGAAACAAGGUUGGUGGCAGCUACGCGUAGACAUGGUAAAAAGCUUAUGAAUUGGUUGGAUGUCCUACUAGCAAAGCUCAAUGCUGAUAUAGAGAACAAUGAGAACGUCGACGUGAUCUGGUACAGGGAUAUAUACGCAAGGCUAACUGAGUUGUUUGCUUUCCAGUACAAGUACGAAUAUGAGGAGAGCCCAGUGUAUGUGGGAAACACUGAACUCAACGGUGACGAAGACAUUGUAGAUGCUGAGUCCAACACUGAUGAGGCGUCGGAGGAAGGUGAUGAAGAUGGUGAAUCAGAUGGCGAUGACGCCGACGACGACCUAGUUGUUCCUGUCUUCGACUACGAUACAUUCGUAGAUGAAAUAGACUCAAAGAAGAGGAGGCUUCCCGACAGCAGGUCUCAACUAUCGUACCAGCAUUACAAAAUACGAACUCAGAGAAAGAAAUCAUCUUACGAGACGGGCAUGCAAGCGAAGAGACAGACGUUUUUGAAGACUCUUGAAGUUCGUGAACGCUUGCAAGCGCUAUCGUGGGAAAACAAGUUCAAUAUUCCCCGGAAGAAGCUAAAGGCGACAAGACAUAUACCCGAAAGUUUCGAUAUCAGUGAACAGGAGAAAAGAGCACUUGCUGUGUCCAGUCUAGCCAUAGAUGAAGAUACCUACAUUACAUAA